AUGUUGGCCAAGAGAUGCACCCGACAGGCAGCGGCGAAGAGCAAGGUGCAGCAGCAUCCAGCUGGCACCGUUGAGCAGGCACCCUACCCGUCGCUGUCGCAGGUGUGGUCGGCGGAGAUCGGCUUGAACCUGGCGGCGUCCGCCCGAAUGGUGACCUAUAGUUGGAAGAAGAUGCCAUGGCAGCUGCGUGCGAAGAAGGCCAUCGGGCAAGCGGUUGAAGCGGAAUCCCAAAUGGCUCGUGAAGCUAUUCGGCAAAGAGGUGGCAGCAAUGUGGGGGCACUUCGGACUGAUGAGGCAGAAGCUGAACAAGCCCGACGUGUGGCACCUCAUGUGAAGAGGGCGACUGCAGGCCACAACAGGGGCUGA